AUGGACGACAUUUACCGCCGGCGUAAACAACAUGAGAAUCCUCUGCGUCCACCAUCAGACCCACGAUACCAGCAGCAAGCCCAAGAUGGCUCGCAACAACGACAAUAUCACCAGUCCGGCUCGUCCAGCAGCGAUCGUCAGAGAAUGCCGUCAGGGAGUCGAGUAAUGAGCAGCAGCAGCGGAGCUGCAGGGUACAGCGGAUACUACCAAGAGGCCCCAGAAAGCGCCUAUGCCGCAGGUCAUGGUGCCAUGGCCUACUCCGAACAAUCGACGGACUACGCCCAAGACGCACGACAGGCGCACGGCUUUGCAAAUACGUACAACCCAUCCGGCCCUCAAUUGUUGUAUGGUGUCCAGCCAGCAGCUGGACAAGGCGCAGUCUUCGACACAACACAGGCGUAUUCUUCCCGACAGCACGGUGGAGGCAUGCAAAUAAUAACCCCCGAUGUCACAACUCCUGCCUACUACACCAGCGAUUCUGCCACCUCUGGCGCCGUUUCUCUUCAUACACAAGCCGCGCACGGUGGUUCUGCAGCUGCCGUCUACCAACACCAAGGCGCAGCCGAUAGUCGAGGACAUGUGGCGGCAGCAUACGGAGCGGGCAUGGUUCCACUCCCGAGCACAACCAGUUCGCAGCCCACCUCCAGCACAGAUCCGGGAGCCUCGUCGGGUUCCGCUGUAGCAGCACCCAGUUCGCAAGAUUACGCCGAGACAAACGAGUCCUACACCGCAUACCAACGAACAUUAAAGGAUGUUUUUAAAAAUACAAAAAGCGGUGCCUUGGCACCAGCUUCCGAAUCGCUCUUGAGCAUCUCAGACUGGCUGCUGUCAAGGGUAGAAGCAUUGGGCUUGGCCUCCGAUGACGAAGAUCUAUAUGAAGGUCGUGUCAAGCUUUGGAAAAACUUCAACAAUGCGUGGCUUGGCCUUCUCGAAAAGCAAAAGGAGAUGAUGUGGUAUGGGAAGAAGUUGCAUCGGUCCCAAAGUCUUGUCUCGUUUGAAGAUCUCCAGAAAAUGGCUCGGGAGCUGGUUCGCCUUUGUGACGGCAUUGAACGCUUUGGCCUUGUCGACUACGACUACGGCGUGUGGGAAGAGCGCAUUAUGGCUAUCCUUACCGAAUGUGUCGAACUAUACAGAAUGGCAGAAGAAGACGCUACCGGCGCCACGAGCGGACCGAGUUCACAACAAGGCUAG